AUGGACGAACUGGCAAGCCCUCACUGCUGGUGCCUCCUGGCCUUGGGAGAGCUCUGCCGAGAGCUAGAGUGUUCCGAGUGUCUUGGGCUGUUCGGUGGACACCAGAACAUUGUCCACCUGAUGACAGAGGGUAACACCGCCGGACACCCGCGCGGCCGCGCGUCGGGGGUGUCCACCAAGCAUCAGCAGCAGCAGGAGCGGCCGUCGAGAACUGGCGGUGUGGACCAAGCUGGGAGUCAGGCGAAGCCAGGUGGUGUCUUCCGGAUCAGCUUUCCCCGUGCGCAAGAUGUUGCGCGGNUGAUGACAGAGGGUAACACCGCCGGACACCCGCGCGGCCGCGCGUCGGGGGUGUCCACCAAGCAUCAGCAGCAGCAGGAGCGGCCGUCGAGAACUGGCGGUGUGGACCAAGCUGGGAGUCAGGCGAAGCCAGGUGUAGAUGACGUGGGCACGCGCUGUGAUAGCGGGACGGGGCAACAAGGAAGACGACGAUGAGGGUGAGGAUGAAGUGCAGUCCGCGGCCGCCUAUG